AGCGAGGUUAAUGAUUCACUCUUUUGACCUCGCCUUGUUCGCUUCACCUAUACACUGAGAAAGAUUUUUAACCAGUCAGAUUAAGUAGAGGGACUAUUUCAUUCACGAACCGAUCACUCCGGGAGGCCAGAAGUUGAGCUUCAUGUGUGUGUUUUUUUUAAAAGUCAAAGCUGUGAUCAGGCGAACUCCUUCAAGCUCUGCCUGAGAAGUGCCUGCGUCACCGCAGCUUGGGCAGGGCAGGUCAAAACUGAGCCAGGGCAACUUCGCAAACAGCACGCUUUUAUCCUCCUUCGAGCAGCUCAAAUUCCAUCAUCCUGCAGGCGGGGGGGAGGGAAGAGGAAGUGAUCGCAAAACCUGGGAACUCAAUCUGGACUGAUGUGCGAGCCUCUUCAUUAUCCCAUGCUGGUGUGUCAUUGUGUUUCACACUUGCGGGCACCUCCACAAUAGCCGCAGCUUGGCUGGCGCUCUGAAAGAGUACAGCCGUUUUGAGUCUAAAAUCCAUGACCUUCGGGAACAGAUGAUGAACAGCAGUAUGAGCUCUGGAUCCGGCUCCCUACGGACCAGUGAGAAACGCUCGCUUUAUGUCCGUGCUCUUUUUGACUAUGAUAGAACCAAGGACAGUUGUCUGCCAAGUCAAGGGCUGAGUUUCUUGUAUGGUGAUAUUUUGCAUGUCAUUAAUGCCUCUGAUGAUGAAUGGUGGCAAGCGCGACUUGUUACACCUCAUGGCGAGAGUGAGCAGAUUGGUGUCAUACCAAGCAAGAAACGUGUUGAGAAGAAAGAGCGAGCAAGAUUAAAAACCGUAAAAUUCCAUGCCAGGCCUGGAGUUAUUGAAAUGAAAGGGUCAUCCAGAGCCAAGCGUAAAAAGAGCAUCUUGUCUCGAAAGUUUACCUUCUACAGGAGCAAGGAGAAUAUUGUACAGGAGCACACAGGUGAUCAUGGCCAGUGUAUGACGUCCAACACCAGUGACAGUGAAAGCAGCUCCAAGGGUCAGGAUGAUACUGUUCUUUCUUAUGAAGCAGUGACUCGCUUGGAGAUUCACUAUGCUCGGCCAAUAAUAAUUCUGGGACCAAUGAAGGACAGAAUUAAUGAUGAUUUGAUUUCAGAGUUUCCAAAUAAAUUUGGUUCCUGUGUACCACACACCACCAGGUCAAGACGUGAAAAUGAAAUUGAUGGGCAGGAUUAUCACUUUGUGACUUCCCGGGAGCAAAUGGAGAAAGAUAUUCAGGACAAUAAGUUCAUUGAAGCUGGCCAAUAUAAUGACAACCUAUAUGGGACAAGUAUUCAGUCUGUUAGAGCUGUUGCUGAAAGGGGAAAACAUUGCAUACUUGAUGUAUCUGGAAAUGCAAUCAAGAGGUUACAGCUUGCACUACUCUAUUCAAUUGCCAUUUUCAUCAAACCCAAAUCUGUGCAAUCCCUAAUGGAGAUGAAUAAACGUCAAACUGAAGAACAAGCAACCAAAACUUUUGAUAAAGCAUUGAAGUUAGAGCAAGAAUUUGGAGAGUAUUUCACAGCCAUUGUACAGGGAGACUCAUUAGAAGAGAUCUACAACAAAAUUAAACAGGUUAUUGAAGAACAAUCUGGUCCCUACAUCUGGAUUCCUUCAUCUGAAAAACUCUAAACAUGGCCCAAUGUUUAGAGGGAAGAUGUUGUUGGGAGGUGAAAAAUCCUCCUUUUAAGAUAUGUUGCAUAUCGAGUUUUAUCUUUCUCAUUAUGUUAUGAAUCCUCACCGUCGCUGUGGCUGUUUCCAUUCUGCAUGGUUUUUAUGGAAUUCCAUCAAAGACAUGGAAAUGCACACCUGAAUAUUUUACAGAACAUCUUCAGGAAACAUGACCAGGAUUGGUAACAAGUUUGUACAUUUAUAUUACCUGAAGAUCAGCUUGGAGAGUUUCAUAUCGACUAAGCAGUGGUUUUAAAGGACCUGUGUUCACAGGGGAUUCUGUUGGUGCCAUUCCUUAACAAAUAAAAAUCUAUCUGAAAUUUCCUAAUACAGAUAGGUUUGAAAGAAGAGAAAACCACUAUUCUUCUGUGAUCACACAUAGCAGUGCUUUUAAAGACAUGUACACAAUUCCUCAUUGCAAGAGGAGAAUAAGAGAAUGAAAAUCGGAAAAGAAUCUUAAAUCAUAAUUAUGGUACUGUAGAUGAAAAUAUACAAAAUUUUCAACAUAUUAAAUUGCACAUUGUUUUACACAUGAAAACAUGGUUGUCUGCAUGGACAUUUUACAUUUUUUGCUGUUUUUUUUAAGAAAAGUGAUUCCAAUAAGAACUGAGCAGGUGAAUGAUAAAGAAUGUAUCAAUUGCUCAGAUUGAUGCUGUUGAUGUGACUUUGUAUGAAUGAAAUGUCUGAAAUGUAUUUUUGUGUUUACCUAAACCCUGUGUCUCCCAUUUAGUGAAAUUGAUCACUCUUUAACAACUGGAUUUAAUUUUAAUUUGUAAUGUCAAGUAAC